AUAAACCUGUAAAAAUUGUUAAAGGCAAUAUUUUUUUUUUAUAAGGUGUAAUAAAAAUUUCCUUUUUUUACAUUACAAUAUGUAAAUUUAGAAAAAGAAAAGAAGUAUUGAAAGAAAAAUAUGAGGGGUGUGGAAAAAUUAAUCGAUAAAGUCUGAAAUGCAGCAAUAGGAUGAACAUUAUUAUAAUGUGAGGUGUAAAACGAACUUUCUUCGUCUUUAAAGAUAUGUUCGUAAGUUCGAUAAAUACGUGUCUUUGCAUUGUGUGUGAAUGUGAUAGAUGUUCUUGAACACUUUGGAAAUCCUCCUCGUUGUCGUUUUAUUCCCGAACGAAUGGGCACCUUCAAAAAACGAUUAUCCACACGAAUGCGAUUUCAUGUUCUCUUUAUAUAUACUAAAACCUGACACUAACACCUUUCUACCAAAAUGCUUUUCUUAUUUCUUUUCCUGAUGUCCACCUGAAUGACGAGUACCAUAAAAAAUGUCUUAAAGGUGCUCGUUUUCACACAUUAGCUCUCUAAAUGAUUUUGCAGUUUCAAAAUAAGCAAAAAAAAAAAAAGAUUUCUUUUCAGUACAUGAGAUAAUUGUGUGUGAAGAACAAAAAUAAGAAAUCUAUAUACGGAAAUAAGAGACGGACGUGAAAAAAAAAUAUUUCAAAAACAGCAAGUUGUCGUAAACAAUGAAGUAAGAGAAAUUAUGCACAUCGGGAUAUAAAAUAUGUGAUGCAAUAGGAGGUUCAUUAGAAAAUUCAUUACCACGCUUAUCUUAUCGUCCCCGAAACUUUUUUUUGUUAAUAUGAAAUAGAGAUCAUUUUACUUAAUGUCUACAGUUUCUCAGUGAUCGUUUCCAAAGACGUUUGCCUUGCAUUGACCGAAACAGAAGUAGAGGAAAUAAAAUUGACCUGUCAAAAAAAAUGUUGCGAGGAAUUGAAAAUAUCUUAACGAAACACACAAAAUUACCAUAUUGGAUUGCUGCUAUUGAAGUCGGACUAUUAUCGUUGGGAAUUGGUUUGAUAAGUGGAUGGACAUCACCAUAUGUGGCACAAUUGAGCCAAGAAGGUUUACCAUUUUCGGCGAGUCUCGACGAAUGUUCAUGGAUAGUUUCUCUUUUAAGUUUGGGACGAAUUUUCGGUGCAAUUUUAGGUGCAAUUGGCGUCGCUACUUUAGGAAGUAAAAAAACUGCUUUUCUCGCUGGCAUUCCACAACUUAUCGGAUGGCUAUUAUUGACAGUUGCAAAAUCAGUUUCUUGGAUUUAUUUAUCACGAUUUUUAUCGGGAAUUUCUUUUGGAUUUUUUUUUGUAUGCUUUCCCCUUUAUGUUGGUGAGGUGUCAGAUCCAAAAAUUCGUGGUGCACUAGUUGCAUUUAUUAUGAAUUGUCAACCAAUAGGAACACUUAUUGGCAAUACAAUGGGCGCUUAUUUACCAAUGUGGCAAUCUGCUGUUAUUUCCAUGUUACCGACAUUAAUAUUUCUUGGGAGUUUUUUUUUACUACCAGAAUCACCUCACUAUUUAGCUAAAAAGGGAAAUUAUGAUGAGGCAAAAAAUUCCAUUAAAUGGUAUCACAGAAAAGUUGAUCCAAUUUUAGAAUUAGAGGAUAUUAAACAAUUUGUGAAUACAAAAAUUCCCCUCAGCUUUAAAUAUAUAAUUGAUGAAUUUAGUAAACCAAAAAAUAGAAAAGCAUUGAUAAUAGCCAAUUUAUUAUUUGCGUUUAUGCAAAUUAGUGGACUUUAUACUAUUACGUUCUACAUGGAAGUUAUUUUACGUGAGGCACAAGUUAACAUUAUGGAACCGAAAACAAUUGUAAUUAUGGUAAACUGCAUUGGAAUUGUUGCCGGAUGGUUUGGAAUGUACGCUAUUGAUAAAUGUGGAAGAAGAAUUUUAUUAGGUGUCUCGAGUGGUGGUAUUUGUUUAUCUUUAAUAAUACUUUCAGUUGAUUGUGCUCUAAUACAUUAUGGAUUUGAACCAAAAUCAAUUCAAUGGUUACCAAUUAUUUCUCUCUUUAUUUUUCAAUCAUUUAUUUGUAUUGGCAUUAUAUCAGUGCCAUGUACAAUUAUCAGUGAAAUAUUUUCACCCGAUAUUAAAGGAUAUGCUUCAUCAAUUACUAGUGUCACUUCAGGAAUAUUUUCAUUUAUCUCAAGUAAAACAUAUCAGGAUUUUUUGAAUGUUGUACCUGCGGAAUAUGUCUAUGGAUUUUAUGCUCUUACUAUGUUUUUGCAAGUGACUUAUUGUUUCUUCAUUCCCGAAACAAAAGGUAAAACACUACAAGAAGUUCAAGAACUAUUAGAGAAAAGAUGAAGAUAAUUAAUUUUGAAUUUUCGCGAAAAUAACAGAUUUUUGAAAGAUUUAAAAAACAAGUCUUUUAAUGAUAAUUAACUAAUUUUUUUUUAAUUUAAAAUUCUAUGGAUGUAAGUUUUAAAUUUAGACUAUAAUAUUAUGAAAACAACAAAAUUAAAAAAGUAAUCUUAGUCUAGAAUGUAAUUAAUUUAAAAAUUCAAAAAUUAGUAUUAAAAUUGACAAUUUUUUUUA